AUGAGCGACAAAGCCCCAUCAGAGCCAGAGGUCUUCACGUAUUCGGAUCGCAUUCAACAGCUCAAUGAAGUGGACCAAGAUGUGACCAAGUUAAUUCAUUCAGCUGGCCUCGCCAUUCAAGCGUUGACCAACUCCAAGCCUGUCCCCACGGAUUCCUCCCCGACACCAGAUGGCUCGCUUGACUCUCACAAAGCCAGGUUCAAAGAGGCGACUAGUCAAUACUUUGCGCUACUAUCCUCGAUCGAUGUUCGUCUACGUCGCCAAGUCUAUGCACUAGAGGAGGCCGGUUCCCUCGGACCAGAUACCGACACGGGCAAGAGCGCCAGGACCGAAGCCAGCACUGGGGCAUCGAAUUCUGCGAACCCAAUGGAUAUCAGUCGGCUUAACAGCCGGAAGGACACAACUGGAAUGGACAAGGAGGCAGAGGUCUGGGCCGCCGCUCGGCAGUUUGUUGAUAGCAUUCCGAAUCCACACGAUCAGGACAAGGCCAAUGAUCUGGAGAAGAUGCAGGUGGAUUGA